CAGAAAUGACGAGUCAGGAGGCUUUCAGGUUGCAAACGAGGAAGAGGAGGACGCGAUCCUACACAUCCACCCGGACUAUGCCUAGCUCGCUGUUUGCCGACAUGGAGAGGAAUGGGAGCGGAGGAGGCGGCGGCGGCGGAGGCGGAGGCGGCGAAACCCUGGAUGACCAAAGAGCUCUUCAGAUCGCAUUGGACCAGCUCUCCCUGCUGGGCUUGGACAACGACGAGACGGGCUCCCUGUACGACAACGAGCCGCGCAAAAAGAGCGUGAACAUGACCGAGUGCGUCCCCGUGCCCAGCUCGGAGCAUGUCGCCGAGAUCGUGGGCAGGCAAGGUUGUAAAAUCAAAGCGCUGCGGGCAAAAACCAACACCUACAUCAAGACCCCGGUCCGCGGUGAAGAGCCGCUGUUCGUGGUAACGGGCCGGAAGGAAGAUGUCGCCAUGGCCCGGCGGGAGAUCAUUUCGGCGGCGGAGCACUUCUCCAUGAUCCGCGCCUCCCGGAACAAAAACACCGUUUUGAACGGCACGGUGCCCAGCCCGCCGAACCUCCCGGGCCAGACCACCAUCCAAGUGCGGGUGCCUUACCGGGUGGUGGGCCUGGUGGUGGGGCCCAAGGGGGCCACCAUCAAGCGCAUCCAGCAGCAAACGCACACCUACAUCGUCACGCCCAGCCGCGACAAAGAGCCCGUCUUCGAAGUGACCGGCAUGCCGGAGAACGUGGACCGCGCCCGCGAGGAGAUCGAGGCCCACAUCGCCAUGCGCACGGGCGGCAUCAUCGAGCUGACCGACGACAACGACUUCCACGCCAACGGCACCGACGUGGGCUUCGAGCUGGGGGGCGGCGCCGGCAGCCUCUGGAGCAAACCCACGCCGCCUCCGCCGCCGCCUCCCCCGCCGCCGCCGCCGCCUCCGCCGCCCCCGCCGCCCGCCUCCAGCAUCCCGCCGACGCCGGGCCGCAAGCCCUUCUGCAGCUACCGCAACGACAGCUCCAGCUCGCUGGGCAGCGCUUCCACGGACUCCUACUUCGGCAGCGGCGGCGGCGGCGGCAGCGCCCGCCUGGCCGACUACAGCCCGCCCAGCCCGGCGCUGAGCUUCACCCACCACAACGGCAACAACAACAACAACGGCUAUGGCGUCUACGGCGGCGGCGGCGGCGAGGUGCUCUCCUCGCCCGACUGCUGCGCCUCCGAGCUGCCGCCCUUCGAUUCCCCGCCGGGCUUCGACUUGGCCCCGGCGCCGCCGCCGCCGCCGCCCGGCGCGCCCCUCCUCUGGUCGCAGUUCGAGCGCGGCCCGGCGUCGCCCAGCGCCGCCGCCUUCCCCGGGGGCGCGGCGCCCCCCAACGCCAACCUGGCCUUGUUGGUGAGCGGGAGCGGGCCGAGGCGGGGCGCUGCGCCGCCUCCUGCGCCGCCCGCUCCUCCUCCUCCGCCGCCGCCGCCGACGCGCCUUUCCCCGCCCCUGCACGGAGGCGGGGCGCUGCCUGGCGAGGCGCAUCCGCUGGCGCGCCGGGUGCGCAGCGACCCCGGAGGCCGCCUGAUCGCCGCCGCCGUGGCUGCUGCUGCCGCCGCCGCCGCCGCCGCCUCUUCCUCCUCCUGCUCCUCCUCCUCCUACCCGCUCUACGCCAACGGGCUGAGCUGCCACUUGCCCGGCUUGCCGUCCGACUCCUCGGCCUCCUCGUCGUCGUCGUCCAGCUCUUCCUCCAGCUCGUCUUGCUCUUCAUCCGGCAUGAGGAGGAAAGGCAGCCGCGACUGCUCCGUCUGCUUCGAGAGCGAGGUGAUCGCGGCGCUGGUGCCCUGCGGCCACAACCUCUUCUGCAUGGAGUGCGCCAACCGCAUCUGCGAGAAGACGGAGCCCCAGUGCCCCGUGUGCCACAGCGCCGUCACUCAGGCCAUCCGCAUCUUUUCCUAGAAAGGGACACGCGAGCGCGCAACGCGCACGUCGGAACGCGGCGACCCCCUCCUCCUCCUCCUCCAUCUCCUCCUCCUCGGUCUUCUAAUUGCGCAUAUAUAUCAAUAUAUAGAUACUACCCACCUUGGGCUUUUAAAGCUGCAGUAUCCGCACAUCCCAAUACAAGACAUAACAAAAGAGGGACCAGACAUUUUGCAGGAUGGUGAUUACCAUCUUGGUUUUUCUUUCAAAGGUUUUAUUUUUAUUUUUUUAUUUUGCAUUGAGUGUACUGUAGCCUAGGAUGGGUUAAGGGGGAUAUUUGUAACAUCUGGUGCAUGCUAUAAAUAUUAAGGAACGACGUUCUAGUAAUAGACUAGUUUUUACACUUUCUCUUAAGGCCAAGCUUCCAAAUACUUUCUCUCUCUCUCUCUCCUUUCCUCUCUCUCUUAUCUUUCUCUUUUCUAAAUUAAAAGUAGGAAAUGCAUAAUGCAUAUGGAUUAUGAUGGCGUGUGAACAGUUAGUAUAACGUGCUGGUAGUUGCUAGAUUGCUUAUUGAGAAAUAAAUCUAUGGAUGGAAUACUUUUCUUGAAUGUUCUUGAAAGGGCAAGAUUUUUUCCUGUGAAAAAGAAAUUAAUAAUAAUAAUCUUAUGAUACUGCAGCUUUAUCAAAGAAAAAAAAAGGAAACUGUAACAUAUCUCUUAUAUAUAUUAAAACGUUUAAAGGUUUUAAAGAUAAAUUGCAUUAAUACAGAUUGAAGUAUUUUAUUCUUUUUUGACUUGAAAAAUUAUAUUUCAUAUUGCAAAGAUGUUUACAAGUAUUUUAAUUUAAGUUCAGUGAACUUUUUUGUAGCUGGGUUAAAACUUUUUUAUUUUUUAGUAUGGCCUUAUGGCAAAGAACACUGUAUUAUUUUACUAUCACACAAUUGUGAAUGGAAUUGCAAAACCAUAAAUGUGUAAUACUUUGAACAGUAUUCUGUUGGGAUGGAGAUUUUUUAUAGGUUCAGAAAAAAAAUCUUUUAAAUCUGCUUCACCCAGCAUAUUUUCUAUUCAGUGAUAUGAAGCAUAUUUUAUUCUAUAUUAUUACAAAAAAUGGAAGCGUUUAAGCAUACGUCAAAAGGAACAGUUGAUGCUUUCUAACAUUUGUAUAAAUAGAAUUCAGUGGAAAUUACAAAAAAAUUCUGUUGCACCACUAUAGUUUAGUAUUUCUAUUUUAAUACAUUUGUUUACCACUUGUUUAUGUAUAUGUAGGUGAUGUUACUUGAUCUUAAAUGUACUUUACUGAGCAAAGUUUAAAAACAAAGUAUAUUUUAUUUUAUGAUAAAGGGCCUUUAACCUCAUGGUCAAAUACUAAUAUUAUAUUUGCUGAGACAAGAUUUGAAAUUGUAUCAAGAGUUUUAUUUUUCUGACAUUUAAAGUUCUACAUAAUAAAGGUAAAACUUACGUAAUGGUGCUACUUCAUGUUUUUUUAAGCAUUUCUAUAUAAAUAAAAUAUUACAGAAAAGCAGCU